UAAAGUGCUCAAUAAUUGCUUGAUUGUUUAUUCGAACCAACCAUAAACCAACUAGUUUCUCGCAAUUUUUUCUUGUUAAGAAUAUGGCGUCCUCGAGAACAGUUUUGACUUUUUUUCUCCUACUUUUUGUGGGAAUUAUUUACUGUCAAGAUGUUGAAGAUCAGUUAGUUUGGUCUGAAUCGAUGCAGUCAAACUUUGGAGUUGCUCAGCUCUCUCUUCCGGACACCUUGAUGAACAUCAGUGUGAAAGACAAAAUCCUCUCUAGCUACAAAACUCCAACAAACAAGAAGGCCUUUGUGCUUGAUAACCUCCUUAAUGCUUCAUCAUUAGCAAUGCUGCGUGGCUUUAUAACAGUGGAAUUAGGGGCAUGGAAAUUCAGCUUACAUGAACCGUACGAAGGAGGAAUAGAGAAACUUAAUGAUGGCAUUCCAUGGGUCAAUGAGUUAGACUCUCUCCAAUUUGCUAAUUCUGCCAUUGGCCGUGUGCUUCAAAAAGCAGUAACCGAUGUUUCUGGUUCAAAGGAAAUUUAUUAUCCAUAUAGAGUCAGGGCUAAAAUUCUUCGUCGAGGUGACUUUACUAGAUUAUACAGUGAUGCCAGUGACAAAGAUGAUGAAUAUUCCAUGAUAAUGUUUUUGAAUACUGAAUGGCAAAAAAAUGAUUACGGAGAAAUUUACCUGUAUGACAAAGACCAGGAAAUAUUUGGUGGUGCAGUACCCAAAUAUGGUCGUGCUGUCAUCUGGCAGAGCUCUGUGCCAUAUCUAGCAAGACCCCCAAGCAUGGCAUUCAAGCAAGGAUUAUUCCUCUUGCACAUUCAGUUCACAAAAUCAAAAGACAAAGUCUACCAAAGUUCACAAAACUGGGAACGAGCUAGAGCUGAGCGGAUAGCCGUAGUAACUGGUGACUUUGUUGGAGCAAACGAACUAGCCCCAGCUUCCAUUGACUUUAAGAGCAAACUUGUCCGAGAAUAUCAAACCAAAAAUGGCAAGAAAAUCUUUGUAUUUGAUGAUUUAUUUGAAAAGAAGGAUCUAGACAUGUUACGAGUUGUUAUUUUAAAUUAUGGCCUAUACUACUAUGAUGACAGUGAUGAUGAUGGUGACAGUGAUAAUGUGCAAUGGAUAGCUGGGUUUGCUAUUGAUAGUUACAUACGUAGCAGACUCUGGAACAUCACACGCAGGGUGGCAAGUCACGUGUCAGGGAAAGACGAAUGGUUUCCUUAUGACGUGUCAUGUAACCUUAUAAGGAAUGCUGACCAUACGCGCAUCCAUAAUGACUGUGGAGAACAUGAAGACGAAUGGACAUUCCUUAUCUACUUGAAUCCUAACAUGACUAAGAAUGAUUAUGGCGAGACUGUUUUCUAUGAAGAAGAUACAAAAAAUCCUGAGAUUGCUGCUGAAGUUCGACCAAAAUAUGGACGAGCUGUCAUUUUCCAAGGUAUUAUACCACAUUCUGCUCGUCCUCCCAGCACCAACUACACCCACGCACGACUAACAUUCGUUGCCAAGUUAUCUGUAAACGAGUUUGUUGCUCGUACUAAAGCAUUUGUUGAAGAGAUCAGGCAUUAUACUGGCGUGAGAUAUCAACAGAUGUUUGUAAAGAAUCUACAGAAUGGAAUCGCUCCUGCGCAGACUAGAAAACCAGUCAAGGCCAAAAAAUACCAAGCUAAGGAGGAUGAGGAAGAGGCUGAGCGUGAAGAAGAUGAAGAAGGAGAAGAAGGCGAAGAAGGAGAAGAAGGAGAGGAGUCCAAUGGCAAAGAACCAAAGAAGCCAUCAGCAGAUGCUACAUCUGAGGGAGAAGACAUGACUCCAGAGUUUAAUGAUCCAAAACUUCAAUCCUUAGAAGAGAAGCAAAAACAAUUAGAAGAAGAUCCUGAAAACUCUUUAGAAAAACUCCGAGCUCUUCAUCGAGAACUUUCGGCCAUGCAUGAGUUAGACAGAGAAAUGCUACGCCAAAACUAUGCUAAAGUUCUUUAGGGUGAAUUUUAUUAUUUUAAGAAAAUCUUAAAAUCACUUUCUAGUUCACUGCUUGUAGCUUAAAUUAAAUUAUUUAUUAACCACAAUUAUUGAAGCAAAGGUUUCAAUAAACUUUUCAAUCGCGAUUCAAUAUACAGUAUAUCAUUGCACGGGUGAAAUACAUUGCUGUAUUUUUUCCAUAAAUGGAAUAGGAAAUGGAUGAAUGAAGAUUAUUUCCCAUCCAUUCACUUCUUUUAGAUUUCUAAUGGCAGAUACUAGAAUAUAUUCAAUCUAUAGAUAUUGACAGAAUAACUGAUAAAAAUUAAAAAGUCUGUAAA